AACAAUCAACAAUAAAAUUACAAACAAUAUCGCAACAAUAUGUAGUACAAAAAGCUUUGCUUUGGCAUUUCCAAUUAAAUUGCAAAAUCAAUUUUCGCCCCCGAAAAUUAGCAUAUUUACAUUCGUAAGUGUGUUCGCAAAACAUUUGCAUAUUUUUAAUGUACAAUGUACCGAAAAUGUGAGGAGCGAAGUGCCCGGAGUUACAUCAGGUCAACAGGUGCAAACAGUGUGGUCUACGAUGUGCGACACGAUCAUCUCUCCCGCUUUCUGGACUUUGCCAACUUUGUUGCUUUGAUUGCCGGACACAUACUUGUGGCUUUGGAUUUAAUUUGGAGAAAUUGCAGUGAGCACAUUGAGCAGCAAUUUCAACAGAUUCGACAUGAACUCCGACACCAAUUUGGACACAAAGUGAAUUUGCAACGCUUGAAAAACUAUUGCAAACUAAUCAAUAGAUUAAUAAUUAUACGAAUUGUGCUGCUGCUGGCAACUUCAAUUUACAAUUGUAUUGUGGACAAAAAUCCCUCGGUUCCCCUCAUCUGCAACUUUUACUCUGAGGUGAUUUUUACACUCCGCUGCGGUGAAUUUACUUUGCAUUCAACAAUGGUCUUGGCUUUCUACAAAAAGUUGGUUGAGGCGGGCAAAGAACUUGCUCAGAAGUUGAAUAUUGAGUGGAAGAAAACGUCAACUGAUCAUGAAUUGUUUAUUAAACAACUUUCGCGACUGCAACACAUGCAUCAAUCGCUGUGGAAGAUACAACGCGACAUCGAGUGCAACUUUGAGCGAAGCCUCACUGUAGUUAUGCUCAAGUAUUUUGUGGACGCUUCUGUGAUGCCUUAUUGGGUGUAUCUCAAUAUAUUCUAUAACAGAGAUUACAUUGGAUUGCAGUUGUAUGGCGUUGCUGAAGAGCUGGGUAAACUAUUGGAGAUCUGCGUUCCCUGCUGGAUUUAUACACGCUGCGAUCAGCUGCAGCUGCAGUUUCGUUCGAUAUUUCAUGGUAUCUUUGCCAAUCGUUGGCAUGAGAAACUAAACUGUGGCUUGCUGAGCAUCUCCACUCAAUUGGGACAGGAGCGAAGUCUGUUUAGCAUUGGCGGCUUCUUCAUGCUCAACAAUAAAAUGCUGGGCAAGUUUAUUUUUGCCGUCGUUAGUUACUUCAUUAUUUUUCUGCAAUUUCGCUUGGCUAUGAACAAAAAGGAAGAAGCAGUCAUGGAACACACUUUGAACUCUUCAAUAAUCUACGCUGAAUAUAAGUAGCAACAAACUGAAAUGAAUAAAUAUACUUCACAGUAAUUCA